AUGCUGCUGCGGGUGCGCGCCGCCGUGGCGCAGCUGGCGGCGGGGCUGGGCGGGCAGCACCCCGCUGAACCCCGCGGAGGAGGGAGCGGAGCCGCAGCCGCUCGGGGGUCGCCGCCUCCCGCCGCGUUCUGCCGGCCGGCUUUCCUGCAGCUGACCCCCGAGGAGCUGCGCCGCGCCGACGAUCACACCGGGAGGGCGGUGCAGAGCCCCCGGGACGGCCGCCGCCGCCUGCCCUGGAGCACGGGAUACGCGGAGGUGAUAAACGCAGGGAAGAGCCAGCACAACGAGGACCAGGCGUGCUGUGAGGUGGUGUUUGUGGAGCAGAGGCCCAGCCCAAGGGGCCGGCUGUCGUCCAGGGAAGGCAGCGGGGAGCUGGAUGGGGGCAGGAAAGGUUUUUAUUUCCACUACUGGGCCUUGUUUGAUGGGCACGCGGGCAGCGGCGCUGCUGUCAUGGCAUCCGAGCGGCUCCACCUGCACAUCUGCGAGCAGCUCCGCGACCUCGUGGAGAUCCUGCAGGACCCCUCCCCACCUCCCAUCUGCCUCCCUCACGACGCUUCUGCAGAUCCAGACCACGUGUCCUGUGCUGAGGACCACGGGGAGGUCCCAAACGAUGCUGUGCCACGGUUUCACCUGGAGAAAGUGGUGUCCCACGAGAGCCUGGUGAUCGGCGCCAUCGAGAACGCCUUUAAGCACAUGGACGACCAGAUCGAGCGGGAGCGGGGAUCCCAGCACCUAGCCGGGGGCUGCUGCGCCCUGGCUGCCAUCUACCUCAUGGGCAAGUUCUACGUGGCCAACGCCGGUGACAGCAGGGCCAUUAUCAUCCGUAAUGGGGAAAUCAUUCCAAUGUCCAGGGAGUUUACUCCAGAGACAGAGAGGCAGAGGCUGCAGUUUUUAGCACUGCUAAAGCCCGAGCUGCUGGGGAAGGAGUUCACGCACCUGGAGUUCCCCCGCAGGGUCCAGCCCAAGGAGCUGGGGAAGAAGAUGCUCUACAGGGACCAGAACAUGAAUGGCUGGGCUUACAAAAAGAUAGAAGAGGCUGACCUGAAGUUUCCUCUUAUUUUUGGGGAAGGCAAAAAGGCUCGGAUGAUGGCCACAAUUGGGGUCACGAGAGGCCUGGGAGACCACGACCUCAAGGUGUUCAGCUCCAACAUCCACAUCAAGCCUUUCCUGUCCUGCUUCCCAGAGGUCAGGGUUUAUGACCUCACGCAGUAUGAGCACUGCCCUGACGAUGUUCUGGUGCUGGGCACCGACGGGCUCUGGGAUGUCACCAAUGACCAGGAGGUGGCUGGUGUGGUGAUGGAGGUGCUGACGAGCUACGAGCCAAACGACCCGUGCAGGUACACCAUGGUGGCCCAGGAGCUGGUGGUGCGGUCACGGGGAGUGCUGAAGGAGCGGGGCUGGCGGCUGGCCAACGACAAGCUGGGCUCUGGUGACGACAUCUCUGUUUUUGUGAUCCCGCUGGGUGGCCCCGGCAACUACACGUGAUGCUGGAUGAGCCCGGGGCAGCGGGGCUCGCCUUGCCUGGAUGGAGACGAGUGGGACACUGGCGCUGCCUCAGGGCCACCCCUCCUCUGAGCACUUGUUUUUUGAGCCAGCUGCAAGAAGAGUAAAAAACCUAGAGCCUCAGUCUGUGCUCCUGUCCAGUGCAUCCCCCUCCACCUGCUUGCAUCCCAGUCCCGGGUGGAGACCGAGAGGCCUUGGACAGACAAUGAACACUGGAGCUGAGGGAUGUUUUUCUGCUGCUACUUUCUCAACGCUGUGAAAAGCCUGAAGGCUCCUCGGCUCCUCAGCAUGUCCUUUGCCUCUGUCACGGCUGUGCUGACUGUGUGACAGCCUGGGGGCUGCUGGGGGGCUUCUACCUGCCGCAGCCACCCCCUGUCUCCUGCCCUGUGAUGCUUUGGCCAGUGGCUCUGAAGCUGCUGUUGGAGCUGGGGCUCAGAUGGAAUGCGACCGGGAGUAAAGUCCCACGGGCAGCUGGGCAAAGCUCAGCCUGGCACAAGCCCAGUUGUGGCCCCACAGUGGCUGUCACAGCCUUGUGCUGCCGAUUUUCAGCCCCUCACACCUUCAUUCUCUCACGGACCUUGUGUCAGUCUCUGGUCUGGGAGUUUGGAGCAGUGGCCAAGCUCUGCCCUGAGCCCUGAGCAGGGAUAAGCCAUUGCACAGCCAGCACAGGUUCCACCCCCAUCCUCUCAUGAGCUGGACCUCUGCAGUGCUUCUGGAGCCAAUUAUUUAUUAACUGGAGAGCUGAGCUGGAAAUGUUUAAGCCCUUUGUUGCUGUGGGGAGUCUACGAAUGUACGUCUGUAUUUUGGAGACGUUCUGAGCUAGCAGCCUCACACAGAGCAGCCCUAUUCAGGUGAGCUUAACAGCUUAACUGCACUGGAUCUGCUUAGCCCAGGGCUGGGAACCCACAGUAAAAGCAGCUUGGUGUGACCAGGGCAGGGAAAGACAGCUCCCACGUUUUCCUUAAUGAUCUCAGAAGCGGUGCACAGCGGAGCUGGAGCGGUUUAUCUCUGCACUGGAUUUAUGCAUCACACACAUCUCUGACCCGGAGCAUCCAUUUCCCAUACCUCUGUGGAGUGUUGCAUCCUCCUGAACUGUGAGGGAUCGUCCCAUCCUGGCACUGUGGGGAUGGCGAGGGCUGGGCCACGGUCCCUGGCUUGGGAAAGGCGCUGUGGCACCAGCAGUUUGUGUCCUGUCACUGGGAGCAGCCAGCUCCCGUCAAGUGUCACCUCUGGUGAAUGUUGUUUGUCUCCUGUAACCGGUGAGAUGUAAAUAAACUGGGUGCACAUAAUGGGAAAUGAAAGUUAUGCAGGAGAUUUGAACCUGUUGGUUCCAUGCUGGAGGGAGCAGGGAGUGGUGCUGGGAGCCUGUCCUUGUGUAGC